CAGGGGGCCGGGAGAGAGCAGGGCUCGAGAAGACGCGGUGCGGACGGCGGGCGCUCCAACUGCGGGAUGCGAGCUUGGCUGGACGUCUAUCCUCUCCGCCCUCCCUUCCCAGAGAAGCCAGUGCGGGAGAGACCAGAAUGAGUGGAAUACUGUCUUAAAUAAGUCAGAAAUCUAUUAUAACAUUUAUUAAAUACUACUUAAAUGAAGAAAGAUAAAAAAGUCUGCAAAAUUUCAACCAGUAAUUACCCUCUUCAGACACUGGGGAAUAUGUCCCUCAAUUCAAGUCGACCUUCCUCAUCCGAGUUGGUGGAGCUUCAUGUUUUUUAUGUUCCUGAAGGAUCAUGGAACUAUGAGUUAAAUACAAUUUCAAGAGAAGUUAUUAACAAGUUCAUUUCAGCUGGAUUUAUAAGAGUAUCUCCUCACCUUACUUUACAAGCCCUGAGGGAGCAUCUCGGUGAGUUCCUUGGUGAAGAUGCUGUUGCAGAAAAAUUUUUAUUUUUGAAAUGCAUUGGAAAUAAUCUAUCUGUAGUGAAGACAAAGCAAGAAUCAGAACUGAAGCUCAAAUCAUUUGCUCCUCCUUAUGCUCUUCAACCAGAAUUAUAUUUGCUUCCUAUAAUGGAUCAUUUAGGAAAUAUUUAUUCAGCGUCAUCAACAGUUUCUUUAGAUGGGCACCAGAUUAAUAAUGGUGUUACUGAGGCUGAUGGAAUAAUACACAGUAUAACUUUGUCAAAGGAAGAACCUGGAACAGAUCCCAGUUUUUUAGAAAACACUUUGAAAGAGCUUCUUAACAAGAAUCAGAAAGAAGCUGGGGGAAAAGCCGCUCCAAAUGACAAUCAGACUAGAAAAAAUCAGAUUGGAAAUUCUGAAUUGCCAGGAUCACCAGAAGAUUCAGAUAAUGAUUAUUUUAGUGGCAAAACAAGUCAGUUUCUUUGGAAAAAUGAAGAUGAUAGAGUUAAUAUUAAAAGAGAGUACAAUCAGCUAGGUAAAAUUGAGAGCAUCACCCUGCCAAAUCUUACUGAUUUUCCUUCAGUUCCUUGUCAACCUGCUUGUUCUCCAGGAAUAACUGAUAGAUCUUUAUUACAGAUCGAGAGAAAGAAGAUUAUUGAGCAAAUGAAACAAGUAAAGGAAGAAAGAAGAUAUCUGGAAAGAAUUGGAGAAGAACUAAUAAAAAAAGUUGAAAGGCUAUUUGAACAAAGCAAAUUAAAACAAUAUCAUGCCUGUGAUGUUUGGAAGAAAAAGUACUUUGAAACAAAGAAAGUUACAGCAUCAUUGGAGGAAGUUUUAACAAAACUUCGAGAAGAUUUGGAACUUUACUAUAAAAAGUUGCUCAUGCAGCUUGAAGCCAGGGAGAUCAAGAUGAUACCAAAGAAUCUGGCAAACAUCACAGACUCUAAGAAUUACCUUAUCAUCCAGAUUACUGAGGUACAGCAUGCUAUUGACCAACUUAAGAGAAAACUGGCUACUGACAAAAUGAGACUUAUAAUAGAAAUUAAGAUGAGAAAACAAGCAGUUUCAGAUUUACACACAUUGAAAGCUGAACUGACACAGAAGAAGUUUAAUAUGUCUUUACAAUCUCAAUAAGUUCCUGGAAAUGGACCCAGUUAAGAGCUCAACAGCUGAUUUUGUUUAUGACAAAUCAGUCAAAUCAGCAGGUAAUGGCAAUGGACAAAGAAAACACCUCCUUUUCUAGGUCUUACAGAAUUGAUUCUAAUUAUUGGGUCCGGACCCCAUGGGUAACUUAAGCACACACCUGAUUAAGGACCACAAACUAGAAACUGGUCUUAGGCUCACCUUCCACCCUAUAAAAUUCUUCUCAGCAUCACUUGCCUCUAUCUAGUGCGAAACACAGUCUCUUUUAGAAAGUAUGUAAGCUAUUGGAUAAAGGAUAAAAGAAAGAGGAAACGUACAGAAUUAGGCAAAACAGUAAAGGGAGGGGAAAAGAUAGGAAAUAAAAAAUAGAAUGACCUGUGAUUUGAAAUGAUUUACUGAUUUUUUAUAUACAUCUAGGGAACUCUUUAAAGACAAUUACCAAUGAAUGCCAGUAAUGUUUUCAUUUAUUGAAAAACAUCGGCAUUAAAACACUGGAAUUAGAAUUAUCUCCUAAGAUGACCGCUUUGAAGGACAAUAGUCACUUGGUAAAUGAAUAUGCUGUGGCAUAUUUAAGUAGAUGGUAGACUCAAUUACAUAUAUCUUAUACUGUACCUUAUAUUCCAGUCUUUAAAAAUCUUUAUAAAAGAUUUCUGCAUGGUUGAAAAAGCCAUGCAUGUUCUAGUAGUAAUUAUAAUUCAAUAUUGAAAGGUACCUUGCAAAACCUAAACCUAAAUAUAGAAAGAUUUAUUUUUACAGAGUCAGGGGCAAACCCAAAGGCAUAUACCUUGGAAUUUUGCCAUCAGCCUAGCACUUUGAGCCUUUUUGAUACAUUAAGAAAUUUCAAAUGCCUCAAAUAGUGAAGAAUCAAAGGAUAAAAAGCUGAGUAUAUGUAAGUUUGAUAUAUGCAUGGUUAAGGAAUAUUUGUCUCCAAGAAUAUUGAGUACAGGAUGAAGCUGCUGUUGCAGAGACAGUAUAAGAAAGCAGAAUGAUCCUCUUCAGUUAAAAUAGAAACUUGAUUUGGGUUGCUGUGGAAUUUCACAGUGAAUAAAAAAGAGAAACAAAAUGAUUAAAACAAAAUGGUUGUCCAAAGUACUGUUAAAUGAAUGGUUUCCAAGGCUCAUCCAAAUGUUUCCUGAAUUCUAAAAUCUUAAAGAAUAUGUCUUCUUAUGCAUUAAGGAAAAAGUAAGUCAGGAGUUAAAAAAAAAAAAAAAAAAAAAAAAACAGGACAUUAUAGUGUAAACUAUUUAUUCUAAAUUAUAUAUGUCUAAACUGUAUAAUUGGUUACAUAAAGCCUUUAUCAAACUGAUAUCCAUGAAACACUCUUCCUCCUGCAUGUUUCUAAGAGUGCUAGGAAACAGGGUUCUGUGUUAAACAAUUAAAUGGCUCUGUAUACUGUUAAUGCUUCUCAACUCUUUGACUAUAAUGUUGUAUACUAUAAAUCCCCAAGGGGAAUUUAUAGUAUGUAGUGUUUUCCAAAUAUAUUUGGCCAUG